AUGCGCAGGAGCGGAAGUUCAACGUUAGGACGUAACAUGCUAGAAAGUUCCCCGGAUUAUAAGUACAGUGCGAAGGUCAGAAGCGUGCGGACAGAGUGAAUUGCAGCAAAGUAAUAUUAAAAUAGCAGGGCUUUCAGCAAGUCUCGGAUCUUUUCGGGAGUUCGUCAUAAAAGAGCAACAUGCCCAGAGGAAGCCGAAGCAGAACUUCGAGGAUGAGUCCUCCCAGUUACUCCUCACCAUCACCUCCACCAAUGGCCAGAGCAGCUCCUCCACGAUCAUACGCUCCAGCGCCCGCUCCCCCUCCACCAUCAGCAGUGGCGGCUCCUGCUGCUGCUCCCCGUCAGCCGGGAAUGUUCGCCCAGAUGGCGUCCACUGCGGCGGGCGUUGCUGUCGGCUCUGCUGUCGGACACACAAUAGGUCACGCCAUGACUGGCGGCUUCAGUGGAGGUGGAAACUCAGAAGCUGCCAGGCCUGAUGUUACCUAUCAGGAGCCCUACCAGGGUCAGCCCAUGUACCAGCAGCAGCAGCAGCAGAAUCCCUGUGCUUAUGAGCUGAAGCAGUUCAUUGAAUGUGCUCAGACGCAGAGCGACCUCAAACUCUGUGAGGGCUUCAGCGAAGUGCUUAAACAAUGCAAAUUCUCCAGUGGACUGUCAUGAGGUUUGGAUUGGAAACACGACUAUUCCAUAGCCAUUCACUGUCUGCUUGCUUCUGGA